AUGAGUACCACAAUUCAUGCCACGAACAUUGGCGCCCAAGCCACAGAUGCCGAAAUCGAAGAUUUCUUCAAGUUCUGCGGCAAGGUUGCUUCCAUCAAGGUCACAACUGAGGGCUCAACCAAGAGUGCCACCGUCACCUUUGAGAUGCCCUCGGCAGCCAGCACAGCGCUCUUGCUCAACCACACCAACCUCGGCGGCAACGAGAUCACCAUCACGGGGGAGAACGUCGCACCGCCGGCCCAGGAGCCCUCCACCCAGGAGGGCGGCAACAACACGGGCGAGCUCCGGCAGGAGGAGAAGCCGUACUCGCGCAUCGUGGCCGAGGUGCUGGCGCACGGGUACGUGGUAGCGGACCAGUCGCUGCAGAAGGCGAUUGCGCUGGACGAGCAGCACGGCAUCUCGACGCGCUUCAUGAACAAGCUGAAGGCGCUCGACGAGAACUGGCACGCGACGGAGCGCGCGCGGGCCGCGGACCAGAGCUACGGCAUCACGCAGCGCGCCAACUCGCUGCUCACGGGGCUGGGCUCGUACUUCUACCAGAAGAAGGACACGCCGACGGGCAAGAGGCUCGUCGAGUUCUACACGACCAGCUCCAAGCAGGUGCAGGACAUCCACAACGAGGCCAAGCGGCUCGCCGAUCUCAAGAAGGAGCAAGAGGGCGGCGGGUCGCUGUACAAGGGCCUCGGGCUGCACAAGGUCUUGGGCACGACCGAGAAGCAGGGCAGCAGCGCCGACCAGCAGCAGCAGUCGGGUUCGGGCGGGGAGAAGACUCAGGGCCCGGUCCCUGGCGCUGCGCCCGCCAAUGCGCCCGCGACUGAGUCGGCCACGAAGCCGACGGCGGAAUCCGGGACGGGAAAUCCUUCGAUCAUCCACUAA